AUGACAAAAAGCCUUUUAGAUUUUAAUUUUAAAAAAGCAGAUGAUUAUGAGAUGAUUAAGAUGAAAUAUAAAGACAUUCCUAUUACUUUUGUAGUAUCUAAAAAAGGAUGUAUUUACUGUACUAAAGCAUUUGAUAUAUUAAAUUCUAAUGGUAUUGAAUAUAAAAUUUAUGACUCAGUAAAAGACAAAGAAUUCAGUGAUUAUGUUAAAAAUGUAACAGCUCAUAAAACUUUUCCUAAAAUUUUCUUAAAAAAAACAUUUAUUGGUGGUCACAGUGAGUUAGAAAAUGUUAAUAUAAAUGAUUUUAUUGAAUAA